AACCGCACAAAGCGUACGAGUUCUCUCCAACUUUAGACUCUACGAGUGGUAUUUAAGAGUGUGUUGCCAUUGACCACGCGACCUCUUCCCCGUUUAUCGUUAUCAUCCACACCUCCUUUCCACUCCCGCAUGCUUCCUUCCUACGCAUUCGCCUCAGUCUAAAGAAUAGAGGGACUCGUUGCGGCUUUGGUGCUUCUUCAUCUGCGCAAAAAUGGUUGAGCAACUUACAGAGGAGCAGAUCUCCGAGUUCAAGGAGGCUUUCAGUUUAUUCGACAAGGAUGGAGAUGGAUGCAUCACAACAAAGGAGCUUGGAACAGUUAUGCGCUCUCUUGGUCAAAACCCAACUGAAGCAGAGCUUCAAGAUAUGAUAAAUGAAGUUGAUGCUGAUGGCAAUGGUACGAUUGACUUUGCUGAAUUUUUAAAUUUAAUGGCACGGAAAAUGAAGGACACAGACUCUGAAGAAGAGCUUAAGGAGGCAUUCCGGGUCUUUGACAAGGAUCAAAAUGGUUUUAUAUCUGCUGCUGAACUACGCCAUGUCAUGACAAAUCUAGGUGAAAAGCUUACUGAUGAAGAGGUUGAUGAGAUGAUUCGGGAGGCUGAUGUGGAUGGAGAUGGACAGAUCAACUAUGAGGAGUUUGUCAAGGUGAUGAUGGCGAAGUGAUUUUGUAUUUCUAAGACCCCCAAUAUCAUGUGUCUUUUGUAAUCCAGAUUGUCUGUGUUGCACUCAAUAGAAAUCUGGUUGUGUGAUUUUAUUAAAGCUCCGUUCAGGACCGUAGCAGUUAUGUUUCAAAGGAACAAUGGGUUCACACCUUGCUCUAUCGUAAAAUAGAGUGAAGGUGUACUUUCUGGUUUUAACUGUCUGAAUGUCCUGUGUUAUAUAUUUUCGACUAGAAGUUUAUUGUACUGUGAAAGACUCCUGUUAACGUCUUUCUCGCUACAAAAUUAGAGGGAAAGUAUUUUGCUUUCUAUUUUUGGACAGUGGGUUUAGUUUGAAUGUCUCUACUCUGAUCCCUGUGCCUGUUUUUAAAGUUAAGUACUACACAAAAACAAGUUAGUGUGUAAGAAAGGAAUUGAGGGUGAUGUUUUUGGUACAAAUUUUCAAUAUUAUAAAUUUGUUUCUUUAAUCUUU